UCAGACCAAAGAAGAAAAAGCUUCAAAAGCAAAAGCUAAAGAUCACAAUCUUCUUUCCAAUCACAACAUAAAGCUUUAAGAAAAAGAAAAGCAGACUCAAAGCCAAAGCAAACCCAUUAAGCAAACGUUUAUUCACAAAGAAAUCUUACACACAUACAUUCAUAAUAGUAGUAAUAUAUAAACUGCACCCAUGUCUCUUUCCUACUCUUACUCUUACUCUUUCUCAAUAUUCCAAACAACCCAAUGUCGUCAGAGAUUGUGGUUGCAGACCCGGGCUAUGAUUAUGAAGGUGACUUUGACACAGUCACAGAGUACACAGCACCAACAACUGUUACAAGGCCAAUUAUUUUUGGUUCUGAACAUGAUAUUGAUAAUCAUUAUGUCCCUGAGCCAUUUGAGAGUGAAAGGUUGCCUCCCACUUUGGAAUCCGGAAUCCAAAGGUUUCUUCGUGUUGCUAAUUUGAUUGAAAGAGAGGAGCCUCGUAUUGCUUAUCUUUGCCGCUUCCAUGCCUUUAUGAUAGCACAUUACACGGACCGCAAUUCGAGCGGACGGCGUGUUCGACAAUUUAAAACGUCACUACUUCAACGACUUGAGCAGGAUGAAAGAAUCACAAUUAGGAAAAGGAAAGAAACGAGUGAUAUACGUGAACUCAAACGUGUAUAUCAUGCAUACAAAGAUCUGAUCAAACCUGGUGGAGUACUUGAUUUAGAAAUCAGUGACAAAGAGAGGUGGAUUCAUGCACGUUAUAUUGCUUCUGUUUUGUUCGAAGUGUUGGAGGCAGUUACAAAUGCAGCUGAUCCUCAGGCCCUUGCUGAUAGAGAGAGCAUCCACACAAAUUUUGAGUACAACAUUCUGCCACUUGAUAAUGGAAGCAUCCAGCAACCGAUUAUGCAACUACCUGAGAUUGUGGCUGCAAUUGCAGCCAUCCGCAAUAUUCGUGGUUUACCUUCAGUCCAAGAUUUUCAGAAACGGGGGAGAGUCAGAGAUUUGUUUGAUUUUCUUCAGUAUUGGUUUGGAUUUCAGGAAGAUAAUGUAGCUAACCAGAGGGAGCAUCUGAUUCUACUCCUUGCUAACAAGCACAUUCGGCAAAAAAAUCUGAAGACAUCUAACUCAAAGUUAGUAGAUGGUGCUGUGGAUGAAUUGAUGGCAAAGUUCGUUAAAAAUUACAUAAAUUGGUGCAAAUUUUUGGGGAGAGAAAGCAACAUAAAGUUGCCUUUUGUGAAACAGGAAGCACAUCAAUAUAAACUCUUAUAUAUAGGGCUUUACAUUCUUAUAUGGGGGGAGGCUGCAAACUUGCGUUUCAUGCCAGAGUGCCUCUGUUAUAUUUUUCACCAUAUGGCAUAUGAGUUGCAUGGUAUGUUAAGUGGUGAUCUGAACUUAACAACUUGGGAGAGGGUUAUGCCAGCAUAUGGAGGACAGCCAGAAUCCUUCCUUAACAAUGUAGUUACCCCAAUAUACAGGGUUAUAAGUGAGGAAGCAAAGAAAAGCAAAAAUGGGACAGCUGACCAUUCUACAUGGAGGAACUACGAUGAUCUGAAUGAGUAUUUCUGGUCUCCUGAUUGUUUUCAAAUUGGUUGGCCCAUGCGUCUGGACCACAAUUUCUUUUGUGUACAACCUUCAAGCAAACCUAAAGCUAAGAAAACUCCGGUAUCACAUAAUACUGUAGAAGAAAGGAUGAAUAGAGAAGUGAAUGAAGAUGAAGAACUAGGGGUAACUAUGGAGGAAGUUCAAGAAAAAAAAUGGUUAGGGAAGACAAAUUUUGUAGAGAUCCGUUCAUUUUGGCAGAUUUUUAGGAGUUUUGAUAGAAUGUGGAGUUUUUUCAUUCUAUCCCUUCAGGCAAUGAUAAUUAUGGCAUACCAUGAUGUGGCAUCUCCACUUCAGAUGUUUGACACAGUAAUAUUUGAGGACAUUCUGAGCAUCUUCAUUACCUCUGCCAUACUUAACCUCAUUCAAGCAAUUCUUGACAUUACCUGUACAUGGAAAGCUAGAGGCACAAUGCUAUGCUCUCAGAAGAGGAAACAUGUGAUGAAGAUGGCUGUUGCAGUGAUUUGGACUCUCAUUCUUCCUCUGUGCUAUGCUAAAUCUAGAAAAAAAUACACUUGUUAUUCCACACAAUAUGGGAGCUGGCUUGGAGAAUGGUGCUUUUCUUCCUAUAUGGUUGCCGUUGCAAUUUACUUGACAACAAAUGCAGUUGACAUGGUGUUGUUUUUUGUUCCUGCUGUUAGCAAGUAUAUUGAGGUCUCAAACUACCGGAUAUGGACAGUUUUAAGAUGGUGGACUCAGCCUGGAAUAUAUGUUGGACGUGGGAUGCAAGAAAGCCAAGUUUCAGUUGUGAAGUAUACAAUUUUUUGGAUACUAGUAUUGUUAAGCAAAUUUUUGUUCAGCUACUUUUUUGAGAUAAGACCACUCAUGGCACCAACAAAACAAAUUAUGAAAAUUGGUGUGAAAAAUUAUGAAUGGCAUGAGCUCUUCCCAAAAGUCAAAAGCAAUGCUGGUGCAAUUGUUGCUGUAUGGGCUCCCAUAAUAGUUGUGUAUUUCAUGGACACACAGAUAUGGUAUUCUGUUUUCUGUACAAUCUUUGGUGGAGUUUAUGGAAUUUUGCAUCACCUUGGUGAGAUUCGGACAUUGGGAAUGCUGAGAAGCAGAUUUCACUCCUUGCCUCAUGCAUUCAAUGUAUGCCUUAUCCCACCCCCAUCCAGGAAUGAUCAGAAGAAAAGAAAUGGUUUCUUUCAAAAACGAUUUCGGAGGGUAUUGGAAAAUGGAAAAAUUGACGAUUCCAGGUUUGCUCUACUAUGGAACCAAAUUAUUAGUCAUUUUCGAUCAGAGGAUUUGAUAAGCAACAGGGAGUUGGAUUUGAUGAGAAUUCCUAUGUCAGCAGAAAUAUUUUCUGGCAUUGUUCGUUGGCCUGUUUUCCUCCUUGCUUAUAAGUUUUCAACAGCCUUGAGCAUUGCAAAAGAUUUUAAGGGAAAGGAUGGGGCUCUUUUCCGAAGGAUUAAGAAAGAUAAGUACAUGUAUUCUGCUGUAACGGAGUGCUAUGAGUCAUUGAAGUACAUACUUCAAAUUCUUGUUGUGGGCAAUCUGGAAAAAAGGAUAAUAUCUGCCAUAGUAAAUGCAAUCGAAGAAAGCAUUGGAAGAUCAAGUCUUCUUCAGGACUUCAAGAUGAAAGAACUACCAACUGUAUUAACAAAAUGUAUUGAAUUAGCUGAACUUCUGAUCGAGGGAAAUGAAAGCCAUCAUGAUAAAGUUGUGAAAGCUCUCCAAGAUAUUUUUGAGCUUGUAACCAAUGAUGUGAUUAAUGAUUCCAGAAUAUUUGACUUUCUCUACUCAUCCCAGAAGAUAGAGGGUGAUUUCAAUGAUAUUGCACCACAAUUAUUUGCAUCAUUUGCUGACAAGAAAUCUAUCCAUUUCCCCUUGCCAAAUAGCAAUCCAUUGGAUGAACAGAUCAAGCGUUUUCAUUUGUUGCUUACCAUCAAAGACACUGCAAUGGACAUACCUUCAAACUUAGAGGCAAGGAGGCGUAUUUCAUUCUUUGCUACUUCUCUCUUUAUGGAUAUGCCCAGUGCUCCUAAAGUGCGGAAUAUGCUUUCAUUCAGUGUCAUAACUCCACACUACAUGGAAGAUAUUAAUUUUUCAAAAAAGGAGCUUUAUUCAAGCAAGCAAGGGGUUUCCAUAAUCUUUUAUAUGAAAAAGAUAUUUCCAGAUGAGUGGAAAAACUUUUUGGAACGCAUGGGUUGUGAAGAGCUGGAUGUUGAAUCAAAGGAUGAUGAAUCAAAGGAGGAGCUUAGGGAGGAAGAGUCAAAGGAGCAGCUUGGGGAGGAAGAGACAAAGGAGGAGCUUAGGGAGGAAGUGCGAAAUUGGGCUUCAUUCCGAGGACAAACAUUAAGUAGAACAGUUAGAGGAAUGAUGUACUAUAGAGAAGCCUUAAAAUUACAAGCAUUUAUUGACAUGGCUUCAGAGGAAGAUAUUCUUGAUGGUUAUGAUACUGCUGCAAAAGGAAACCAUACAUUCUCAGCUCAACUAGAUGCAGUAGCAGACAUGAAAUUCACAUACGUUAUUACUUGUCAAUCAUUUGGAUCACAAAAAGCUUCUGGAGAUCCCCAUGCAGAUGACAUAAUUGACUUGAUGAAGAAGUAUCCAUCUCUCCGUGUUGCUUAUGUUGAGGAGAAAGAAGAGAUUGUUUCAGGAAAACCUCGAAAGGUUUAUUCUUCAUUGUUGGUUAAAGCUGCCAAUGGUUAUGAACAGGUUAUAUAUCGCAUAAAGCUUCCAGGCCCACCAGAUAUUGGAGAAGGGAAGCCUGAAAAUCAAAACCAUGCCAUAAUCUUCACUCGUGGUGAAGCUCUCCAAGCAAUCGAUAUGAACCAAGAUAAUUAUUUGGAAGAAGCACUGAAAAUUAGAAAUAUUCUGCAAGAGUUUCAUCGUCACCAAGGGAGGAGGUCUCCUACAAUACUUGGUCUGAGGGAACACAUAUUCACAGGAAGUGUUUCUUCUCUAGCAUGGUUCAUGUCAUAUCAAGAGACCAGCUUUGUCACCAUCGGUCAACGGAUUCUUGCUAGUCCUCUCAGGGUACGAUUCCACUAUGGACAUCCAGAUGUAUUUGAUAGGAUAUUUCACAUCACAAGAGGUGGUAUAAGUAAAGCAUCCAAAACAAUUAACUUAAGUGAAGAUGUUUUUGCAGGAUUUAAUUCUACUUUACGGCGGGGAUGUAUUACAUAUCAUGAGUACAUGCAAGUUGGGAAAGGUCGUGAUGUAGGCCUAAAUCAGAUCUCAAAGUUUGAAGCCAAGGUAGCUGAUGGAAACAGUGAACAAACUAUAAGUCGUGAUGUACACCGCCUUGGACGGCAGUUUGAUUUCUUCCGGAUGCUAUCUUGUUAUUUCACAACUGUUGGGUUUUACUUCAGUAGCCUGAUAUCAGUAAUUGGAAUUUAUGUGUUCCUCUACGGACAGCUGUACCUUGUUCUUAGUGGGUUGGAGAAAGCACUACUUAUUGAGGCUAAAGUGCGGAACAUACAAUCCUUAGAAACAGCUCUUGCCUCCCAAUCAUUUAUUCAGCUUGGGCUCCUAACAGGCUUACCAAUGGUGAUGGAGAUUGGACUUGAGAAAGGGUUUCUUACAGCCAUUAAAGAUUUUAUCCUUAUGCAAUUGCAGCUGGCUUCUGUUUUCUUUACUUUCUCCCUUGGAACAAAAACUCACCAUUAUGGUCGAACAAUUCUGCAUGGGGGUGCUAAGUACAGACCCACUGGGCGUAAGGUCGUGGUAUUUCAUACUAGCUUCACUGAAAACUACAGAUUGUAUUCAAGAAGCCACUUUGUCAAAGGAUUUGAAAUAUUACUCUUGUUGAUUGUCUAUGAUUUGUUUAGGAGGUCUUACGAGAGCAGCAUGGCUUAUGUGUUAAUCACUUAUUCUAUUUGGUUCAUGUCAAUUACUUGGUUGUUUGCACCAAUUCUUUUUAAUCCCUCAGGGUUCAGUUGGGACAAGAUAGUUGAUGACUGGAAAGAUUGGAAUAAGUGGAUCAGGCAGCAGGGUGGUAUAGGAGUUCAACAAGAUAAAAGUUGGCAAUCUUGGUGGGAUGAUGAACAAGCUCAUCUUCGUCGAUCAGGGCUGGGUUCUAGGUUGAUAGAAAUACUUCUCUCUUUUCGGUUUUUCAUAUAUCAGUAUGGUCUGGUCUAUCACCUUGACAUAUCCCAACAGAGCAAAAAUUUUCUGGUCUAUGUGCUUUCAUGGGUUGUGAUUAUUGCAGUUUUCCUACUAUUCAAGGCAGUCAACCUGGGAAGACAACUGUUCAGUGCUGAUCAUCACCUGUGGUUUAGACUAUUCAAAGCAUUCCUCUUCUUGGGUGUUCUGUCCAUAAUAUUUACUCUUUCCAACAUCUGUGAUCUAUCUUUGAUGGAUUUAAUUGUGUGUUGUCUAGCAUUUUUUCCGACUGGAUGGGGUUUGAUAUUGAUUGCACAAGCUGCGAGGCCCAAGAUAGAGAAUACUGGAUUGUGGUACUUUAUCCGUGUACUUGCUAAAGCUUUUGACUAUGGAAUGGGUGUCGUUCUUUUAGCACCAAUAGCUAUUUUGGCGUGGCUCCCAAUCAUAUCUGCAUUCCAGACUCGUUUCCUUUUCAAUGAGGCAUACAGAAGGCACUUGCAAAUCAAACCAAUUCUUGCAGGGAAAAAGAAGCAAAAAUAAUAUUUCUGGAAUUGGAAGCUGAUGCAGAGUUUAUAGUAUAUAUGUAAAUUUUCAAGUUAAUACUAACAAUUCCUCAUACUAAGACUUUUUAAGUUUUAACUUGUGUAAGUAGUAUUACAAAAAAUGUAAUUAUUCAUUAAAAAAAAUUCAUAGAGACACAUACCAAUUAAAAAAUGGGGGUUCACAUGGAUUACUGAUAUUUACAAUUUCAUUAUAUGCAAACUUGACCGUUGACACUA